AUGGCAUUUCUAUGUUGUGUUGUGCCCAGGGUUCCAGUGAAAACUAUCGACAAAGAAUUGGGUCCAACUUCAUCACACACUCGCGGACACAGUCUUCGUUUUACAGAUGAUCGAGGAACGUUUUCUCUACAUAUUCUGACAGUACCAUCACUGCUUGCGUUGGAAAGGCAUCUCCCGCGCGAUAGUGGUGGCCAACUAGUGUCACUCAUGCUGACUUCAAGCAAAAAUACCCCCCACUCAGUUCAGUUGUUUGGGACUUGCGGAAGAGCAGCGAAAAGCACGAUUGCUCUGGUUGACCCCAUCUAA